GACGUCAAUAAGUAUUACAUGUUUGACAAUAACAGUGUAUUUAUUAUAAUAAUGUUUGCAUUCAAUUGAAUAUUGAAUUGACAUUUGAAAAGACGAUUCAAUAUUGAAUGCAAUGAAUGUAACCGCAGAUGACUUUUAUGAAGACAUUUUAUUUGUCAUUUUCAGACAUUUAUCUGUCGAUGAUUUGUACAGUUGUGUCAAAGUGUGUGUCAAAUGGCGACUCGUGUCCUCUCAACUGUUGGCCUCACAAACAACACUUAGUUUACAUAAUAAUAAUAUCUAUUACUAUAGUGAAGAAGAUUUGGACCAAAAAUGUGAUAAUCAGAAGCAUUUGGCGGUCGUGUCAUCGGUGGGCAAAUUGAUGGACACUAAACAAAAUUUAUUAACUCAUUAUAUAAGACCUCAAUUCAAUUUUGUCGACAAAUAUUUUAUGUCAUUUUUAGUCAAUUAUUGUCCAAACAUACGAUCACUUGAUAUAACUUCUUAUUCGACGAAUCCCUUUCAGGUCAACCAUAUUAUAGCUAACUGUCCUCUUCUCGAAUGUUUUUAUGUUGCAUCACAUGAGAGAACUUGGAGUAGAUUUUUGUGUCCAGAAGUUUGCCGUUUGAAGCACUUUAACUUAGUCUUAGACACGGGUACACCAGUCUAUGGCUUCAAUCAAACUAUAACUUAUAUGAAUGCAGAAAAUCCACGAAUUGAAGAAUUAAUUAUUAUGAGACCAGAUAUUAAUGACAUUAAUAUGAAUAUUCUUAACCAAUAUAUCCGAUCAGUUGGUUCUCAUUUGAAAAAAUUUCAUUUCAUUCCCGAAUCGAAGUUAUCUCAAGAGGAAUGUCUCGAAUUGAUGAACGAGUUGACCACAAAUGAGACCAAAACUUCAGGAAUUAUAAACUUAAAUCUCAAUUGUUUUGUAUUCAACGGCUUUUUUACUGAACUAAAUCAUAAGUUUUCAUCCAUUGAGAAGUUGUUUCUUCAUUUUGAUGAUCAAAGCGAACAAAACGAUUCACUGAAUAACUUAAAGAAUUUGAAAGAAAUUCAUUUGGAUUUUAAUUCAGAGGUCAAUGCGUUUGCUUUUGACGGAUCAAAUUCAGACAGUAAUCUACAGUUGAGUUUAUUUAUGCCUAAAAUACCGACAACUAUACAGAAGUUAACCCUUUAUGACGCCUCCAUUUCAUUGUCCAUUUUGACACAAAUCCCAGAAUUUAUACCAAAUUUGUUAAAAUUAAAUCUAACGUAUGUUUUCAUUGACAAUGAUUGUCAACUGAACUUUUGGCAGAUUAUAGCUAAUUAUAAGAGACUGUCAUCUUUGGCAUUAAAUACUACAAACAUCAGCGAUGAAGGAAUUGAUAAUUUAAUGGCAAGUGAUUCGUUGUCAACGUUGGAAUUAAUCAAAUACUCCGGACCUAAUGCUGGCAACAAAUUGAUUAAUACACCAAAAGUGUUACAAUUAUUUAAACAAUUGGCUACUUUGAGGAUUGAUAAAUGGUUUCACUUACGACUGGAUUGGGAUGAGUUUGAAGUGACAAAUGAUGUCAAAUCAUCUGUUCCGCGAAAUGUAAAGAUUAUUAAUAUUGGAUAUAAAAAGAAUAAUGAUAAUUAUACACCAUUUUGUUAGUUU